UUACAUUCUAAAUGAGUGCGCUGUGACCGCCUUUUUGCUACCGCUAUGGGUGACAGAGAGACAGAGCCGCAAGAUGACAAGGCUGCUAUGAUAUUCUGUAUGGCUGCGAUCAUGCAGCUUGAUGCCGGGAUUGAGGCGGCGAAAGCGGAGACCGACGCCAUCGAGGAAGAGCUGCUGAUCGUCAACAAUUUGAUGAUGACAAUAGACUCGGUGACCGAACAAAGCGUAAACAGAGAUAGAUGGUCGUUCUCUCGCCGGACGAGGUGGUUUGAGGAGACUGUGCCAUUGCUUGGUGAGAAGUUUUUCAAGCGUGCAUUCCGCGUGACGCCGGCGACUUUUCGCUACACCGUGGAUGCCGUGAGACCGCUGCUCGAGCGUCAGAACACGAACAUGCGUGAAGCCAUCGCGCUGGAUAAACGUGUCGCGAUUGGCUUGUACCGGUUGUGUUCCUCAGCCGAAGACCGUAGUGUCGCCGAAUUGUUUGCUGUGGGACGUUCAACCGUCAACGUGGCCUACAGAGAGUUUUGUGAGGCCAUUGUCCAAACUAUGGAGGCCGAGUGGAUCAAGAUGCCCACAGCUUCCAGCAUGGCCGAGCACAUUCGCGAGUUCACGGCCACAUUGGAAUUCCCGCAAGCCAUGGGAUCACUAGACGGGUGCCAUUUCCCCGUUUCACCGCCCAAGGAGAGCGCCACCGACUACAGGAACUAUAAAGGAUGGUACAGCAUCAUCCUCCUCGCACUGGUCGACCACAAGUAUAGGUUCCGAUACAUCAAUGUGGGUUCGCCUGGCCGCUGCCACGAUGCAUAUGUAUACCACCGAUCAAGACUAGCAGACGCAGUCCAGGGCCCCCUGUUCCGCCGACCACUAGUAACAAUCAGUGGUACAGCUGUGCCGCCCUUAAUACUAUGUGAUCAAGCGUUUCCGCUCACUGUAAACCUGAUAAAGCCAUUCAGCCACAGGGCACAGUUGAGCGACGAACAAAGGUUAUUUAAUUAUAACCUUUCCAAAGCUCGACGGAUUGUGGAGAAUGCAUUUGGUAGGCUCAAAGCAAGAUUUCGCUUUAUCUUGAAAAGGAUGGAAUGCGACAUCGACAAUGCCCGCCUUGCCAUUCGUGCCUGCUGUGUUCUGAACAACGUGUGCGAGCAUUUUGGCGACACUGUGCUCCAACACUGGUUGGUCGAGGUUCAGAACAAUGGCGGCGGCCUCCAUCAGCCUGACCACAGCACGGACGUUGAGGAAGGGACAGGCUGUGAUGUGAGAGCAGCUCUUGUCAGGCACUUCCAGCAGAGCUGAGAAUUUUAUGCUGAAGUUUUGUGGAUGAUCAUGCUUUGUUAUUCAUUUUUUCUUGCGCUAAGUGCAGUAGGACGCUACAGGGAUGAAACGGGCACUGGAUAUGAAGCAGACACGAAGUGACACAUGGAACCGCAAACUACCAACUUUGCACUCCCAUGUGUCACUUCCUGUCCGCUUCAUAUCCAGUGCCCGUUUCAUCCCUGUAGCGUCCUACUGCACUUAGCGCAAGAAAAAUUAAUGCACACGAACUAGCCCAAUUCAUAGCUCUUCUAAAUGCUUUGUUAGGUCAGUGAGUACACUGUCAUCAUCAAAUGUGUGCCUUGUGCGCCUAGCAUAAGUUCAUUUAUUCUAAGCGCACAAGUACUUUUUUUUUGCACUCAAAGGAGUGAUUGAGCGCACACAUUGAAGAAAGUGUUCUGUACAAAACCCACAAGAUGGGCGAAGUAAGAAAUGGAAAAUGA